ACCUAUGCCACCAACUCACCCGUACUUUAUGUUCUCCAGGGCAUGGCCUUCUCCCUGGCCGAGCGACAGGCACUGGGCAUCCACGGCCUGCUGCCGCCGCGCUUCAAGACCCAGGAGGAGCAGCUCCAGCUCUGCAAGAUCAACAUCGACCGCUACACCGACCCCCUCAACAAGUACAUCUACCUGAUGGGACUGCAGGUGAGUCGAUUCGUCCGAGCGGCCGGAACGUGAUGCGGAGGACAUGACAGCCACGACGCCCACCUCGGGUGGUGCGAGUAUUCUCUUUUCUUUUGGUCCAAAAUAAAAUUGCUUUGACAGGGUAUGGUUGUUGUAAGCCGCACUUUUGUCUGGUAGCGCUGAACCGCUAGUAUAUACCACCAGUAUAUAACAAAAAAAAGCGCCGUCUUAGAACAACACCCACUCUGUAGCAAAGAAGUCCUGCUGCAAGUUCUUUUUUUGCUUUAAAAAAAUGAACCCUGAAUUGAUUUAUGUUUUUCUGUCGUGCAAACUUUGUACUCCGGGCUCAAAGUCGAGCAGACGGCUGGUUGACUUACGACUUUCAACG